GGUCACCGCAGGAAGUUCAUUGUACUCAAAGGAGUGAAAGGCGGCAUAAGUGCAGUUACGGAUGUAAACAAAUAUCCCUGGACCGACUAACUUAGCUGUAAAUUAGCCUCCGCCGCUAGUAGAUGACUGUAUGAAGCUCAGUGUUUCGGAUCGGUCCUUUCCGUUUCUCCAGCAGCUCAGGGGAAGCGUCGUUGUUGCCCAGUUCGGUUGGGUGGCAGUAGAGGCGGCGUAACGUCCAGGAUUCCACGAGCUGUUUUGUUGUCAGCCAGCGGAAGGCAUGAGGAGCCUUUAGGUUAACACCUCCAGGGAAGACUUUACCCACAAGAAGCACACACACACAAAAACAAACUAAUCCAGAUGGAGGCUUCUUUUGAAUCAGCGCGGAACACAAACUUUAGUUCUGUCCUGUCGUCAUGCGAGCCAGAGCUCCAGGAACUGAUGAGACAGAUCGACAUCAUGAUCAGCCACCAGAGGAAGGAGUGGAAGGCCGAGAAGCUUGCCCUGGAGGUCAAGGUGAAGAACGGAGAGGAUGGCCUGCUGACCUCCAAAAGCAUCAUUGAGCGGAGGGACCUGGAGAUUGGAGUACUUCAGAAACAGAUGGAGGAAAUCCUGAGAAGUCGCCAAGAGGCAGUCGCAAAGUACGAGCAACAGCUGCAGAAACUCAGAGAAGAGCUGGACCAUUUAAAGGGAAGUUACCAAAAACUCCAGCGCAAACAUCUCAAGCAGACAAGCGGAGGAGCAAAAGAAUCAGACCGGUUGAAGGAGUACCAGCGGCUCUCUCUGGAGUGGGAGCAGCAGCGGGCGCAGUACCAGAAGCAGCUCGCCACUCUGGAGGCUCAGAAUAAGAGCCUGACUGAGGAGAUCUCACACAUUAAGAGUGCACCGUGGCGGGUGGAGCAGGAGCACAUGGAGUGCUGCUCGGAGGUGCAGCAUCUCAGCGCUCUGCUGGAGAAGGCCCGCAGCAGCCUGCUGUCCCAGGAGCUGGAGCUUGAGCGCCUGCGGCCCUGUGAGGCCCUGCUGGGACAGCCACAGGAGCUGCGGUCAGACGAACCGGACGCCUUGAGGGGAGCUGACCUGGACCAGCAAAGACUUCGAAACGAAGCCGUCAGACUCAAACAGCUGCUCCACGCUAAAGACCAAGUCAUCCGCUCUCUGGAGGACUGCCUGGCGGCUCAGGGCUGCACCGGCGUGGAGGUCAUCAGGAAGGACCUGGAGAAGAUGGCCGACAAGCUGCAGGGCGCUCAGGCCAGCGAGGCGAGCCUCCGGGCGGAGCUGACAUGUCUGAAACAGAGAUUGGAGAGCAUGAGCCGACAGCUAAAGGAUCAAACAAACCUGGAGAAAGAGCUGAGAAACGUAGCGACAGACUUUGACAACUCGGUCGCUGAAAGCAAAAAGGUUGGGGGUGUUCGUUCUUUCUGCUUUGUUUUCUUUUUCCCCAUCACCUUCGUGUCGGGUCGCCCCUCACAUGUCUGGACGCCCCCGCAGCUCCGGCAGGAGCUGGAGACGGUGCGGCAGACCCACAGCGCCGAGGUGGAGGGCAUGAGGAGGGAGGUGUCGAAGCUGACCGGCGAGCUGCACCAGCGCGACUUGUCCAUCUCGGCGCUCAGCGGCUCCUCGGCCAGCAUCCAGCAGCAGCUUCGCAGUGAGGCGCAGCGGGCGGCGGAGGCAGCCACGCAGCUCAAGAUGACUCAGGUGCAGCUGGAGACUCUGCAGGCCGAGAACGAGUAUCUGAAAGGUCUGCUGCAGACGCUCCAGUCCCAACCUCCCAAGGGGAGUGGGGAGAUCCUGCACCAGCGCCACUUGACCUCCAUAAGCAGCCUGGAAGAGGAGAACCGGCAGCUGAAGCAGGCGCUCGCUAAGCACCACAUGCAGCUGGACGCUCAGGAUAAAACGGGUCCGGAGAGGAACCAACACGUCGCGCUCGGCCACACCAUGACGUCGGCACAGGUGCAUCCUGGUCCAGAAUGGACUCAGCCCUCCAGCUAUGACAGAAAGAUCCAGAGGCUCUUUAAAGAGCUUCAGGUCUUUCCAAAGUCUUCCAAAGAGCCGCCUGGCGGAGAGCGCAAAGACAGCCAGCUGCACUCAUCUUCAUCGUCCUCGUCUUCCACCAGCAGCCCCGGACUGAGCAGAGGAAACGCAGGAGCAGCCCACACUCCACCCAGACUUGCUGCUGAGGGUCAAAACUCCGGCCCUGAAAACUGUCUGACCUCCAGAGGUCCAGAGGAGGCGCUGUCCCCUGCACGCAGCGCAGUGUCUCGUUUCCUGGAGGAGGAGAGCCUGUGGUCCAACGAGCUGCGACUGAAACUGGACAGCCACAUCCGCGGCAUGAAGGAGAACAACUUUAGGACGGUGUCCCGGUUCCUGGCGAGCGGCUCGGGAGAGCGAUUCGGCUCCGCGCCGUGACCCUGCCCUCCUGCCUUAGCAUACCUGAUAAACAGUACCAAACCGGUGUGUGACUGCUGAUUCCUUAAUUUACAUUUCCUAAUUCACUACACAUUUUGGCGUAUUAAAAAUCACAAGAUUACUGACAUUUGUGUCACGUGACGGACGCAUGUGUCACUUCUGACUUUGUACAGCUUGUCUGUUUGUGAUGAACGCCGUGGUCUUGGCAGGACACGUUGCCGUGACGUCCUCUCGUCUUGUUUUGAUAUUUAAGGAUCAGCUGACCAUCUUGUGAUGAACUCUCACAGCUCAAUGAGAGCCUUUAAUUGUAAUAAUUGUUACCCAAACAAAUCAUAAAGUUGGCCACGCUGCUGGCAUUUGGAGCCACUUUGAGCACUGAGCAUGCUGAGGUGAGUAAAUAUUGGCAUCAAAUGGCAUUUAGUGAACCAGUAAUAUUCCUGUGGUAACAUUGCACUUAGAUAUCAUAUAUUGUAUGGCAAAUAUUCAAUAUUAGUAUGACAAAUGCUAAUAUUGCCGUAGAUGUAUUGAUGUGCAAUGUUGUUCGGUGUCCUCUUUGGGAAAAGCUGAUCUUUUUAUCUUUUUAUAUUGAGUUUUGAGGACAGUUUCUCUCCCCAGUGCCCCCAGCGUCACAGCCGCCCACUCUGCAGCUCGUUCAGCGCAGGAAUGCGCGCGCCAUGCCAGCACUGUCAUGAAGCCUCCCCCUGCAGCCUGCUCCGUCCUCAUCAUUAGUAACCUGGCGGAAUGUUAAUGUCGACCAUGUGGACGGCGGAGAGGCCAGCGGAGCCGUAUCCAGAUGCAUUUUUAUAGCUUUGUUUUAAAUCAAAGACACAUUGGAAGAAUGGAAAUAAACUGAGGGAAAAAAAUGUGUUUUGCAUUUUUGUUAUUACAGGGAACAGAGAAGUGGUGGUCGGCCGCUUGCCAAGACCUCUGACUUGUCACUUUGAUAUGUGAUAAUGAUUAUUCUAUGAACACCCUUCCUCACACACACACACACACACCAACAAACAGCACCAAGGCUGGCAAUGCAGGCAUUUCUCCAGUUCAGAGGUGCUAAAGUUCUGCAUGUGGAACUUGAGCAUCACAUGCUUUUGGGGGUGGGGGAAACCCUGACUUUCCAAAAAUUAAAUAAAAUUUGAUGAGCUGAUUAAAUGAA